AUGUUGCGUAGAAUUUUCCCUUUCUUUUGUGGAUUUCGUUUUGGUGCUGCUGCUGUUGCUGCUGCUGCUGCUUCGGUUUGGAGUGUACCGGGCACUGCGGGUGGUCGUGCCGCCGCUCCUUCUGCUGCUGGAAAUACGUUCUCCAGCGCACUUUCUGCCCCCUAUGGGGCGAAGUAUUCGGCACUCCGCUUUUCCGCCAGAGUUGCGGUGCCUUCCCAGCUGCGGCUCUCCCCGCGCAUCCCCACACCUCCAGAAAACGCACGAGGCCCCCUGGGGGGGCCCCCCCCCCCGUCAGGCGACACCCCGCCGCUCCCGCAUUUACCUCCCUGGAUGGCUCCGCGGAAGACUUCCGAAGAGGCUGCUGCCGCUCGCGACGUGGCGAGGGCAGCUUUCUACUGCUGCUGCCUCUUCUUCGGACUGUGCAGCGUCGCCUUCGCCUUCGUGCCUCUCUACGCAGCAUUCUGCAAUCAGACAGGCUACGGAGGUGCUGUGGGCACGAGCUCACACCGAGCAGACGACACGCCGAUCCCCUCGAGGCAGCGCAACAAGACCAACAAAACAGACAAAGCGGAAAUUCUUACCAUCGACUUUGCCUCCCACUGCAACCUGCCUUGGACCUUCCAGCCCCUGCAGCAGCAAAUCAAAGUUGCACCAGGGGAAUCUGCGCUAGCCUUUUAUCGCGCCAAGAAUCUCACCGAUAAACCGAUUAUUGGCAUGUCGGUUUAUCACGUCAUACCCGCUGAGGCUGGACAGUAUUUCAACAAGAUACAGUGCUUCUGCUUUGAAGAGCAGCUUCUUAGCCCGCAUGAGGAAGUUGACAUGCCUGUCUUUUUCUUCAUUGAUCCUGCAAUCCUAGAAGAUCCACGACUCGAGCAAAUGCGGCAUAUAACGCUCUCCUACAUUUUCUUCGAGUCUGCCUCGGAGGUACCUGAUGAGUAUAAAGAUCUCGCGAUCGGCUUGCCCAUCCCGCAACGCUUGCUGCCUCGUGAUACGUGCUGUAAAGAAUUAUGA